AAUCGGAAAAUUGCAGAAAAUUCCUACCCAACACGGAUUUUUAACGUUUUUUUCUCUUUCAACAAAAUUUAAACAUUCCACUGGAAAGAUUGAGGGGAAGUGCCCUUGUAUUUGAAAGUUUUCCAGUGAUUCCAGUGGAAAGGUGUCAGUUUUCCAUGCCCGCAAAAAUUUGUUUUUCUUGAAUUUUUGUGCUGAAAAUUCCAUAAAAUGUCGAGAUUUGGGUUUGGAACACCAACCACAACCCAGCCGGGAUUACCAGGAACCCAAACAUUUGGCUCACCGACUCCUGCACCCACAUUGGGCACUUUUGGGGCUACACCGAUGGCUAAUCCAACUCCACAGGCCGGUCUAACUUUUGGAGCUGCUCUUGUUACAACUACUGCAAGCCUGAAUUUCUCUUCCACCCCCCAGUCAUCCUUUGGCUUCACGAACACUCAAUCAACUGCAGCUCCUCUGAAUUUUGCCGCUCCUACCAAUACAACAGCUACGGUAGCUCCAUUGGGGGGAUUCACGGGAUUGGCGGCAGCUAAUGCACCGCGACCAGCUCCAAUUUUAGGGAUUAAUCCACUCACAACAGCCCCAACAUUGAGUUUCAACACACCAAGUGCUAGCACAGGGCUCAAUUUUGGUCCAACGACCACAGCUGCUGCUCCACUCUUCAAUUUCAACACAACAACCACACAAGCUCAACAAGCUCAUGGAUUGCUUGGAGCCAAAACUUCCCUGCCCAGCUAUAGUUUUCCAGCAACUGGGCAGUCAACUGGGGGGAUUUUUGGAGGAGUACCUACUGCUACAACAGCCACCAGCACACAGUCCGUAGGCCUUGGAGGAGUCGACAUAGCUACACAGCCUAAAACAACUGAAGGACUCGAUGCAGCAAAGGUCAAAGAAGCCCAACUGCCGCAGGAAAUAGCCGCCACUGUGAAAGCACUUGAGGAUCACAUCAAGGAGCAACGAAAGAGUUCGGACAUUGCACGAAAUUUCGAUCAGAAAUUGAAGAAAGUGGAGAAUGAGACGGAAGCCUUCCGUAGGGCUCUAUCGGAGAUUCACACGAAUGUCGUGAAAAACUAUUCAGCCAUCAAGCAACUCAAGGCGGAGACAAAUGAAGCCAUUCAGAAUGCCGAAAUGGCCCAGAGGACACAUGAAACCCCCACUGGGUUACAAUUUGAGAACACAGCACCGCUCAAAUACUUCGUGGACAUCAUACAGAAGUAUGAGAAUGAGAUGGUUGUGUUCAGGAAUCAGGUGGAGCUCACGGAGAAGCAUAUGCUUUCCCUCAUGACGCCGCACCAUUCCACAGCUGAUGAUCUCAAGAAGGGAUUGCAUCAGAUCCAUGAGAGUUUUAUCGCUCUCGCGGGACGUUUGCAUGAAAUUCAUCAAAAGGUUGAGGCUCAGAAGGAGCAAUUCUUGAACCUCCGGAAGUUCUACCUCAAAGACUUUACGGAUAUCUUUGAGGAGGCGGAGAAACGCGAAGAUCCCCGAGAUUUGUCAAAAAUCUCCAAAGGGCCCACACCAUUCUCCACGCUAACCAGCAUAAAUCUCGGGCAAUCGAGUAUCCCCUACACAGCACCAAGUAGCCAGGCUGGUGGAUCAUUCAGUGGGAGCUUCUUCGGCUCCGCAGCGGGUCCAUCGGGUACGCAGACAUCCCUCUUUGGCACAGGAAUGGGUGGUUUAUUCUCCGGCGGUGUCAACGAUAGUAGUUUCAGUCUCCAGAAGCCCCCAUUGGGCAAUAAGAGGAACAAACCAUGAUUUUAUAGAAUUUUUUGAUAAAUUAGAUUUUUUUUCUCCUCAUUUUUUUUAACCCACCGUUUUUGCGAGCUAAAUAAAAAUGAAGCGAUAGUUAUGAAGUCACCCAAAAACGGCGGAAUUUCGAUCACGUGAUUCACGAAGAGUGUUCAGAAUUUCAUGAAAUUUUGAAAGAAAGUUAAAGUAAAAUUUCAUGGUGAAUUAAAAAUUAAGAAUUAAAAGGGAAUUUUUAUACAAAAUAAAUUCAAAUAAAAAAUCUGAAAGUUUUGAAA